AUGAAUCGGUCAAAUAUUAAACUUCUUGAUUUACCUACUGAAAUAUUAUUUAUUAUUCUGCAAAGACUUGAUAAUAUGGAUGCUCUCUAUUCUUUAUUCGAUGUUGAUACUCAUCGACUCAAUACAGUAGUACAACAUAAAGCCUUCACUACUGCUCUCAACUUCGUAUUACUAACAUCGACUGAUGAUAUUUUACCGGUUACUGAUCUGAUACUUGACCGAUUCUACAUGAGUAUUUUGCCUAAAAUUGACCAUAACAUCACAUCACUUAUUCUUGAAUCACAGUCCAUGGAACGUAUUCUUCGUGCUGCUGAUUAUCCGAAUUUAACUAAGUUGAAAAUCUACAAUUUCCUUGAUAAAAUUGCUUCGUCUUAUUUUACAGAUACAUCGCCUUUUCGACGAAUUUUUCAAGAACAGAUUAUUGAUCUUAGUCUUGUAUACAAGCAUGGUAUUGAUAUUCUUGCAGAACGAUUGUAUCGAAAUGGUGUCCACGGACAUGUUUUGACAUUCUUUAAAAGUCUACAAGAUUUAUCUAUUACUGGCUUACCUUCACUUUUAACACUUUUUGAUUCACCUUUAACCACUUGCUCUUCAUCAACUCUUUCAAAAUUAUGUGUGUUUUUGAAUGGUUUCGGAGAAUGUCUCGCUUUACUUGAUGGCCGUCUCGCAGGGUUAACCACAUUGAUUGUUAUUCUUGAUAGUACACGUUUACAUUCAUCAACUUAUAAUAUGGAUAAUUUACCUAAUUUGAAGUGUUUCUCACUAAAAUGCCUUUGUAUGUCUGAUGAGUAUGAUACUCAAAUUGUACCACUUCUUCGUCGUAUGCUAAAUCUUCAAGAAUUAACUUUGAAUAUUUUUAUUCAAAAUCGAUUCAAACUUGUCGACGGUACCCAAAUUAAUAAUGAAAUCUUUAUUCAUAUGCCGUUACUUCAAAAGUUUAAUUUCUACAUUCAUACUGGAAGUUAUCGCAACGAUUCAAUUCGUUUAUCUAGUGAUGAAAUUCGACAAACUUUUGCUAAUAUUGGAUAUCCACAUAUGGAUUGUAUUCGGUACGACUUACCGCACAUCGCUAGAUGUCAUGUUUUUUCGCUACCAUUUAUGUUCGAAAAUUUCGAAUUUCUUGGCAAUUCAUUUCCAUCUAUUGUCUUUGGUCGUGUUACUCAUUUAUCGGUAUACGAUAAAGUUCCAUUCGAACACGAAUUUUUCGUCCGACUCGCCCGCCAUUUUCCUUCACUUAAAGAAUUGAGCGUAAUAAACCGUAUGUCACAAUCAAAUAUGUCAGAUCAAUUGAAUUCUCAAGAAACUCAAUCCUUUCCCCCCAUUGAAUAUCCUUACCUUACUUCUCUUUCCUUAGUAUAUGCAAAUAUUGACUAUGUCGAUCAGCUUCUGAAUCAAGAGAAAAUAGUUCUCCCUUGUCUAACAAAAUUAGAAGUCGAUUAUGAUUAUUUAACCAGUGUAACAAAUAAUUUCACAAGAGAUGCAACACGACUCAAUUGUGCUAAAGUAAAAGAACUAAUUACUGAAAAGUCACUUGUACAUUCUGCCGAUUUCUAUGUUUAUUUCCCUCUUUUGUAA